UCUCAUCAUCCAAACCCUAGAGAGCAGCAAAGCGACAGAGUAAUGGCGUUGGCCUCCUUCGUCUCCCUCGCCUCACUCCUGGCCCUCCUGGCGCCGGCGGCUGGGCGCAUUCCCGGCGUCUACACUGGCGGUCAGUGGCAGAGCGCCCACGCCACCUUCUACGGCGGCAGUGACGCGUCCGGCACCAUGGGAGGGGCGUGUGGGUACGGGAAUCUGUACAGCCAGGGGUACGGGGUGCAGACGGCGGCGCUGAGCACGGCGCUGUUCAACGAGGGGCAGAGCUGCGGGUCGUGCUUCGAGAUCAAGUGCGCGGACGACCCGCGGUGGUGCCACGGCGGGAGCCCCUCCAUCUUCAUCACUGCUACCAACUUCUGCCCGCCCAACUACGCUCUCCCCUCCGACAACGGCGGGUGGUGCAACCCACCACGCCCCCACUUCGACCUCUCCAUGCCCAUGUUCCUCAAGAUCGCCGAGUACCGCGCGGGCAUCGUACCCGUCUCCUUCCGAAGGGUCCCUUGCAGGAAAUCCGGUGGGAUCCGCUUCACGAUCAACGGGUUCCAGUACUUCAACCUGGUGCUGAUCACCAACGUGGCGGGCGCCGGCGACCUCGUCCGCGCCAGCGUGAAAGGGUCCCGCACCGAGUGGAUGCCCAUGUCCCGCAACUGGGGCCAGAACUGGCAGUCCAACGCCGUCCUCGUCGGCCAGUCCCUCUCCUUCCGCGUCACCGGCAGCGACCGCCGCACCUCCACCUCCUGGAACAUCGUCCCCUCCACCUGGGAGUUCGGCCAGACCUUCGAGGGCAAGAACUUCCGCGUCUGACAUUGGAAUCCAAAGGCUUCGUUACUCUUCUUUAGCAGCAGUUGCAAUAGUACUAGUGUUUGUGUGUUUUUCGCGCCGUGAAUUAGUACUGAGUGGCUUCGGUAGUCGUGAAAGUAAAAGGUAAUGGCGACGGCUGAGUGGUAGCAGUGUGCUUGUUUCGUCUGUGUCACUUUGACUGCAUCUUUUUUGGAGUCUUAUUUGACUGUGGGGUGGUGUGUGGGUUUACCGAGGAGUGGGAAUAGAGUAGCAUACAAAGUCAUAGUUUGUAACAGUGGCGGCUGAAGUGGCUGCACAACGAAGGAAAUUGUUGUAGCCCGCAGUUGCUCAUAUAUCUGUUAUGUCUGAUAGGUGUGAUGCGACUUCUUUAUAUUUGUCCAUCACAGUGGAGUCUCUGCUUUGCUUGUUAUCUAAUACAGUGAUAUGAUGAAUUUACAAGGGUGAAAAUGCUGCAUUGUUCA